AUAUAUAUAUAUAUAGGUAUACCGCAUCGGGCAGCGGACUGUCAAAACAAAGAGAGGACUUAAUUUUUGUACAACAUAUAAAAAAACGAUGAAUAUCCAAUAAUACGAAUAAGAUAUUUUAUAAGGGAAAGAAAUCAUUUCUGCAUAAGUUAAACUAAAACUAUACCACAAUGGACGAGUCAGCAGAAAAAAGCAGUGUCUCUUUUUCCUUUAGCCUGGAUUUAGAUUCCGUAGUCAGCGAUGCUUCAUUAGAUUCGGAUGCAACUGAUGAUGGGCUUCAAAUUGAUGUUGCAGAAGUGGAUGAUUUCAAUAAUGAUAAUACAACUAAAUUAAGAAGACAAGUGACUGUUGAUGAAACAUCUUUUUUGAAUGAAAUGGAGGAGGAGAUUGAACGGCAAUUGGAUGCAAAGGCAGCUAAAUCUAACUUGACUGCUACGAAUGUAAAAAAUAUUUUGAAACAUGUUAUAUCACAUGAACAUGUUAGAGCAAUGGUCAAUAAAAGACUAACAAAAGGAGAUGAUGAUAUUGUUUUUGAACCUAAAUUAACAAGGGCUAAAGCCAAAGAACUAGCUUUGGCUCAACCUGAUAUCCCUUGGCCUAUGACACCAGUAAAGACCACAACUUCUGAGGUUCAAGUGCUUAUACAAGAAGAAUUUCCUGAAGAUUCCUCUGAUGAAGAAUAUCAACCUGACCAAGAUCCACCAAGCGAUGACGAUAAAGAUGUGGAUAAUUCUGUAGGAAGCGAUAUGGAUUCUCAGCCAAGAACACCUGCAACUCCCUGUGAGUUAUCUGCUUCAAUGGAGAGAGCAAUCACACCUGAUGUUCAAUAUGAUCAAGAAGGAGUUUUUAAAGUACCACAAAAUAUUCCACAUGUUCCAACUGAAGAGGAAAGUAUAGGCCACAGAACUCGAUCAAAACUGUGUCUUAGUGAAACACCUUUAGAACAAAUAGAACAAGCAUUUAUCCCACCAGAUAUCACAACAGACAUGUAUGACUGGGACUGGGAACCAGAAGACGAGUAUAUCAACUUUUUGAAGGAAUUGUAUACUCAGCCUAUUCCAAAAGAAAUAAACAUUGAUGAUGAUCCUGAAGCAGAUCCAGAGUAUAAUAUUCUGGAGGAUGAAGACAUAGAAUUACUGGAUAAAGAAGAAGAACUCAGAGAAGACAAAGCAGUCAAAAUAACCAAGAAAGAAUUGAAGACUUUGAUAGCAGAACUUGAUGAAUUUGCAGACCAGUUUGCAAAACAACAUGAGCAAGAACAACAACGACAACAACUAUUACAACAACAGCAACAGCAGCAGCAACAACAUAAAAUAUCGAAAAAGAAAAGAACUCCCGAUUCUUCGUUUGUAUCAAUGGAGACUUCUUUUCCUGGAAAUCCAAUGGUGGAAUUAUUGCCUGUGUUAGCUGAACCAGAACUUCCAGAAAUUGUUAAUCCACACCAACGCUAUUUAAUAUCUGUUCAGCUUUCUCAACAUGUGCAACUAAUGGCCCAACAAUUUAUAAUGACUUAUAAACAUCCAAUGCUGCACAAACAUUCACAAAUUUGUAAAGACAAUUUAGGCAGUUUACGUACUUUAGGUGCACAUAUUGGUUCAGAAUUUAUAGCUCAGAAUCUCGCAGAUGCAUUACAGUUAGUUUCUGAUUGGGAAUUAAAAUUCACUGAUGAGACAUUUUCUGAGGAAUAUGCUGAAUUUCUAGAUGCAGAAAUCGAACAAGAAAAAAUCUUUUUUAAGACAAAAAGAAAAUAUAAAAACCAGUUCCACCCUGAAUUAAUUAAGUUAAUGGUUGAUAGUAAAGCACUUAUGCAUCCCCAAUUGCUUCCAACCGUUUUCCCUAAUUCUACUUCAAUACACGAUAAGCUCAAAUAUUUAUCAUCAGAAGAACAUCUUAUAGCUAUUGGAUUAGAACAGUUCAUACCAUACAUCAAGUCGUUGAACAAGCGAUUUAAUAAAGACUGCCAUAUAUUUGCCGAUGCUGUAAAAGAAAUACAAAAAUAUUUGCUACCAACAAAAGAUGUGAAAGGAAUGAUAAUGCACAUAAAAAGACGUAAAAUAGCUAAGAUAAACAACCCCAUUAAGCAUUAUUAUGUAACUGGCUCAGCUCCAAGAACAGAACACUGUGUUUUAAAUAAAUACGACCUUAGAGCACCAAUAGAUCAACCUAUAAUUUUUUUACCUCCAUUUUGGAAAGAUAUAAUUGACAAUAUACGGUAUGGCACACUUGAGGAGUUCUUAUGUUUCACGAAGUCAAAAAAGAUAGAUUAUGACGACGAAUUUCUUCCAGUAUCUCACGAUGAGAUCAUGAUACAUAAAGAUCAUGAAUUGAGAAAUCCGAUAGUUAACGUGAUGAGAAAUAUGCCUUCGUUAAUGACACCCCAAAAAGCAGAUACUAGCACAUCGUCUUCAAAAAGUGGCAGCUCUGCGAGUAGUUCAAAGCCCAAAAUAACGCAGUCGAGGGUAAACGAAGCUGAAUCCGAUGCAGAGUCUGCAGAGAGUAUGAGGACAUGCGAAACGGACGAAGAGGAGUCGAGGCCAACUCGAUUAAGGAUGACUACACCUCGUCUGGCAAAAAUCAAGAGUGCUCAAAAUAUGAAACUUAUGGCCCAGAAUUUAUCACCAAAGGUUACCACGUCGAGUACUAAUACCAUCAAUGAGAACAAAGACUACUCCGACAAAAAUGACGACGACGCAUCUUCGUUUAGCAAAGGGGAUAAUGAAGACGAAAUAGCUGAACUUAUGCUUGCUAGCACAACCAUAAAGAAGAAUACUGCAAGUCGAAAGAAGACAAAGCAAGCUAGAGAGUUGGAAAAUUUAAAACGAUUGUUAGAGGCUGAAAAUAAUAUUAAUGAAUGCGAUAGAGCUACGAAAUUUGCUGCCUCAUAUAUUCAAAAGAUUAACAUGAAAGUGGAAUCGAAAGACCCAGAGCUAUAUAGGGCUGUAUUCAAGUUAUUUUUGGACUACAGUGAAAAGAUAGAAAAUCUUGAUCAGAAUAAUGGCAGCGAUUAUUUUCUGGAUGAAAAUGCAUCUCUUCCUGGUGGUAAAAAUUUACAAGUCACAGAAAGAAAGGAUAUUGAUAGAGAUAAACUUGCAGUGGAACUUUAUAAAGAAGUCAAUGAAAAACUCCAGGAAUAUCCGGAUCUGCUCACAGAUUUUUUAUUAUUUUUGACACCACAUCAGGCGGCACUAGUAGACAAAUCCGUAGAACACACACACUUGCUGAAAAUGCGCGAAUUUGUUCAAGUAACCGAAAUGUAUUUCGCAAAACAACCUUCUCGUAUAGGAAAAGUUAUGCAAGCAAUGACACAAAUAUCCUCGGAUCCGUUUGUAACGAUCGAGACGGCACAAGCUGUAAUGGGCGCAGCUCUUAAAGGACAUCCAUUAAUUAUGGAUCUGUUUUUGCAAAUUCUUCCUACAGGGAAACCUCCUGAAAGAUUGCUUUUCACGAUUAGCUUGUUUGCUGCUCACAUGUUCGAGAAUCUUUUGUGUCCAGUUGGGCCACAUGACAAAAACAAGGCCUACGAUGCGGAUGCUCCGGAAUUUUAUGAAAACAUUGAGCUACCAGUGUCUACUCCUCAAGAAGACCCUUACGGAGGCGAUAGUUGCAAGUGUGAUUGUCACAAUUUUGUUGAUUCGAAAGCCAAAGGAACCAACGAACAUUGCGCGUCUUGUGGGACAAGGUUUUUGAACGGAAGGAUAUAUCUACAAACUUCCGAAGGUUUGAGGCCAGCGAAAAUUACGUUCCCUGGAGCAGACGAUGAAAAGCUCGAGAACAUUUCGCGAGUAUCUUUAAAAACAACUGAAAGAUUUGUUCCAUGCCCACCGCCGAGAAAGCGUCGGAAAUCUUCUAAGAGAGAUUCAUUAUCUGAGGAAUCCAAUGUUAAACCUUUUUCAUCCAAAGGAUCGCCUACGAAAGAUAGUUUGGAAGAAAGCGAUAAACCGUCGACAAAAUCUAAUAAAAAGGGCAUGAAAUCGCCAUCUAAAUCUAUAGAUUCUAAGAAAUUAGUCAAAUCUGCUUCUGUAAAAAGUAAACGAGAGAAAAGGACUGAUAAAAAAGAUGUCAAAUUUGAGCCAAAGACUGAUGACGAUCAAAACGAAUUUGGUCCUAAUACUGAUAAUACGGAAUUUGAAGAAGGUAUAGGCUGUAAUACUACUAAUGAUGAAUAUGUGGAUUUGUUUGGUACUAAACUUGGUGAAAUAAGUACCGAUAGUCAUGAAGACGACGCAUUGACAAGCCCGGAAAAAGUAAACGUUUCUUUCACAAAUGUGGAAAAAUUAGAUAAUUCUAGUGAUUCUGAUAGCAGUACAAAUUUGGAAACUGAGCAGUCAGCUAUUGAUACGCCUUGGACAAUGCAAGAAGAUAAAAUACUCUUAGAGAAUGUACAGAAAGAAUACUCGGAAAAAACUUUUAACUUAAUUAGUGCAUCAUUGAAAAAUAGAUCUGUUCAUCAGGUGAAGGAACGAUGUGAAUAUUUACUGUCUCUGAUAGAAAAAAUGGCAUAACGAUAACAUUGUUCUUUUUGUACAAAGUUUGUUUUUAUAGAAAGUGUAAAUAGUUUACAAUAAAAAAUUGAAGUACCGUAAA